AGAAUAUACAUGCUAUGUAUCAUUCAAUUUCUUGCAUUUUUCUAAUAUGGUUUUGGUUUCCAUUGUUGAAGGUAUGACUUUAAUUCCAUUGAAUCCCAGAUUCGAGUUUUGGGUGAUUAUGCUUUCAUGUUAGGAGAUUAUGAAGUUGCCUUGUCAAAUUAUCGCCUAAUUUCCACCGAAUACAAGAUUGAUAAAGCCUGGAAGCGUUAUGCUGGUGUGCAGAUGCAGUCCAAGAUUAGCGCUUUCUUCAAAUCUACUACCUCCGAUUCCUCUUCCGUCUCUGCCGACAAUGACGACGACUUGUCCAUCUGGGAGAAGCAGCAACACCAUAUCAUCAACACCUACACCCGAAGGCCUCCAAACCCUAACGCCGUUAUUCCUUCGGUGGUCAAAAACAAGAAGAGGAGCUACGCCCAAUUCCACCUCGAUUUCGGCCAAUCCGAUUUCCUCUUACGCGCCUGUUCCACUUGCGGAAUCAAUUUCACUCCCGGCGACCCAGACGACGAGAAAUCCCACAACCACUUUCACAAAUCCUACACCCAGGGGAUACAAUUCAGAGGUUGGACCAAAGAAAAUGUUAUCCCUCUUCCCACCCUCGAAGCGGGUCGAAUCAUUUUGGUUUCGGAGAUCGACCUCACUUCUCACAGAAGAAUAGUUGAGCAGGUCGUGAGUAUGAUGGAAAUUGAGCUUGGGUGUGGAUGGAUCCUUCACGACCUCUUUAAGGUGUAUCUGUUUGUUUCUCUUCACAGGGUUGUUGGGUGCCUCGUUGCAGAACCAAUUGAAAAGGCAUUCAAAGUUGUGUCUGGCUCUCCUGAUAGCGUGAAGAAAAGGGAAGUGAGGACGCGUUCUACCACUUUUCGGUUUGGGAAUGUUAUUUUCCAAAGGGAGGUUGAAAAAAAAGUUGCUUCCUUGAGUGAUUCUGAAAGGAUGGAAGGUGCAAUCUUCUGUGAUAGCAAACCAACCAUCGCUGCUUGUGGCAUUAGGGCCAUUUGGGUUGCUCCCUCUAACAGAAGAAAAGGAAUUGCAAGCAAAUUGCUUGAUGCCGUGAGGAAGAGUUUCUGCAAGGAUCUUGAGCUUGAACGUUCUCAACUAGCAUUCUCUCAGCCAACCUCAGCUGGAAAGGCAUUGGCAACAAGUUACACUGGCACUGGAUCAUUCUUGGCGUAUUAAAGCCAACAAAACUAUUGGUUACUACUACUAUUUCGUACUGACAGAUAAAGCCAUGUUUAGAUUAGUGAUUACUUGUAUUGACUGUUAAUUAACAAAAACAUAAGCUAUUAUUCUUGUAAAGUAUAACCUUUUUAGCCCAUAUAAGUAUGAAUCUUUGAUUUCGUUGCUUCUUAUUGUUGUAAGCCUUUUGUCAUCCCGAAUUGAUUUACCCAUUAGGUUCUUGAGUAUCAGAGUUGUGGCGUGUUUGGAAUAUCGCCAGUUUUAAGACUA